GUCACUUCGAGAUCUACCGAGAACGCCGAGCCGCAGCAAAGGCAAAGAUGACAAGCGCCGCCCCGACUGGAGCUGAACCAUACGUGACCCUAAAAUUGAGCGGAAAUCCAGAAGACGCCGGAAGAUCAGCUGGUAAAUCGUUCAAUGAAUCAUUGUUGUACGCGAACUUCCAAGAGAUGAGAAAACAGAACCCACCAGCCAGAGUUGCAGCCGGACCGGACGAUAGCACCAACGACGCCAAACCUGUCGCACCCAAGCCGUAUGAUCCCAAAUCCAUGAUCGAAUUCACCCGCUCGAAGACCCGUCGUGGAAAUGACCGAGACUCUAAACAAGAAGAGAACAAGCCCACAGCAGGAGAAGAGCAAGAGAGUUGGACAGUGGUGAAAAACCAUCCCGACUGGGUACAGGUGGAAGACAUGGGAAUCUCUACAGGAAACAUCAUCGAAGGACCGCGCGAUGAAGAUACACUGGUUUGGAUUGCUCACAACACCAACAAAUCUGUUCGUGAAAAGAGUCAGGCUAUCUAUCCUGGCUUGCGGAACAUGGUUCAUGACAUCAACAAAGGCGGCGAUCCCCAUGUCGUGGCAGCCAAAUACUAUGGAUCUUCAUGGACGAACGUGCAGGAUCUGGUGCGAGGACUUGCAAAGUUUGCGGCUGAGCGCGACAAGGAAGCCUGUAGACUUGCUGAGGAUGGAGAUUGGGAGAUGCCUUCUGAGGACGAUAAUAUGAAAGGUUGAACGAAAGUGUGAUGAAACGUUCGCUGUCACUGAAUGAAGAUGAACAAAGCUUGAUUGGGAUAAAGGUCGAGCAGGACGUUCAUGAGGUUGACGAUGAUGGCGACUUUGAGGCACGACAAUUGCGAUAUUUGCUGCUGAUGUCUUCCGAGGACAAGGUUAAUAUUUGGGCGAAGCACGGCGAGACUCAAAGUGCAACACAUAUGAUGCAAGAGCUACCAUGAGACAGAAACAG